AUGGGUGAAGUCCCAGAGAACCGACCUGUAAAAUUCACAAUUACGCACCACCGCCAGGAACAACACUCCCAUGAGGCAUUCAUCAAGUGGAUGGUCGAGGAGCACCUACCUCUUGCCAUGCCCGUCUUCACUAAAUACGGGGUCCUUGGAUACUCGCUCUUCGUGACACCUCCUUCUAUGAAUGACGCAUUACAGCAGGAAAUUGGACAGAUCCGACCGAGCUGGGAUUUCGCUGACUUCGACUGUUUCAUCGAGUACACACUUCCCGAUGUGGAAACCAUCAAGAAGAUUAUGGCGGAUCCUGAGUGGCUGAUAGCGGUCAAGGACCAGGAGGACUGGGUUCAAGUCUCCAAGGCUUUAGUUUCCCUGGGGCACUCUACCCCGUACGUGCUGGAUGGGAAGCCAGUAAACUUGCCAAAGUGA